CGGGGCAGCACUCGGGGAUUAUGAGUAAUCACGAGCAUGCAUUAUGGUUCCUGCACGUUCCUCACGUUGGAAGCAACCCGAGACCGCGGCCUGUGCUGACAUUGGGAAAGGCGGCAGCGUAACGCUGCGAGUCGCUAAAUAAUUUAACUCCGAAAACGCCUCUUCUCAACAACUCCAUUAUGAAAGGCAGCGAGAUGACAUUUCCUUCCGAUACAAAAACAUCCACAGAUGUUUGCUCAUAUAUCAAGUCGAUGUUCCUUUGGUGCGGGGGGUGGCUCAGUACAAAACAAUCGGCACAAUGCAGCAUCCUUCAGAGCCGGCCAUGGAGUCGCCCACCGCAGACGAGGACACCAAAAGAAACAGCGAUGGAAUCGAAGCGACAUUAGGAACUCGUGAGAAGAUAUCCUUUUUGGUUCUUAUGAUAAUGUCGUUCUAUGCCGCACUGGAAUCAACAAGUAUUGGUGUCGCUCUACCAAACAUCGCAGCAUCUACUCGCGCAUCAUCGACACAAGCGUUUUGGAUUGGAACAUCGUAUCUCUUGGCCAGUGCUGUCUGCCAACCACCGUUCGCUGCUUUCUCACACAUAUUCGGACGACGACCUGUCAUCAUUUUCACGCUGCUUCUGUUCAUUGCAGGCUCAAUUAUAUGCGCAUUGGCUCACGAUGUUGCAGUCAUUCUGGUUGGAAGAGUACUUCAAGGCAUUGGAAGUGGUGGCGGACUUUCACUUAUCGAGAUUAUCAUCACCGAUUUGGUGCCUCUCAAGCAGCGAGGAGGAUACUUCGGCUUGAUCAGUCUUGCAUGGGCAUUGGGAAGUGCUAUCUCUCCGCUGAUUGGCGGGGCUUUUACACAGAAAUCUAUCACAGGAAACAGCGGUUCUGGAUUCCGACUAAACCCGUGCAGAGCUGGAGUAUCUCUGGUCGUCCUUCCGGUGUCGCUUCGACUCGAGCCCAGGAAAGGCGCCAUUAUGAACAAGGUGAAGCAAGUGGACUGCAUCGGCUGCUUUUUGCUCGUGUCAUCAGCAACAUCGACGCUCAUCGCCAUUUCUUGGGGUGGCAUUAUGUUCUCUUGGUCGAGCGCGCAUACUCUUGCUCCACUUCUCAUUGGUAUUGCAGGGAUAGCCGUCUUCGUUCUAUGGGAAAUCUACUUUGCAAAACACCCACUCAUCCCUAUGAGUAUUUUCAACAACAGAACAGCAGCGACGGUAUACUGGCAAUCCAUGGUCUCCGGGUUUGAUAUGUGGGCGUGUGUCUACUAUCUUCCAUUGUAUUUCGAAGCUGUGCACGGGUACUCGCCAAUCCUCGCAGGGGUCGCUAUACUACCCACUCUACUAUCCGUCGCUCUUGCUGCAGCUGUCACUGGCUUUGCCAUUCGAAAAACUGGAGCGUAUCGCAAGAUCCUUUGGCUUGGGUGGAGCAUCACCGUACUGGGGUCUGGACUGAUGAUGUUACUGGAUGUUCACAAGUCUCCAGCUCAGUGGGUAUUCAUCGACCUCGUCGGCGGCCUCGGAGUUGGGAUGCUGCUUCCUGUGAUGAGACCUGCAGUGCAAGCAAGUUCGUCUGAUGAAAACAUGGCGGUCGCCGCUGCACUAACCAUGACGAUGCGGACAUUAGGAAUGUCGCUCGGUAUAGCCGUCCUCGGUAUCAUCUUCCAGAACGUAUUCCAGCACAAACUCAACUCUUCCGGCUUAUCUGGAUUCGAGAAUGCAGCAGCUCAGAAUGUUCUUGGUUUUGUGAAGAUCGCCAAAAGCCUUCCCGACCAAUCACCUGAGAAAGAGAUCUUGAGGAAGAUCUUUGCUGAUUCGCUGAAGAUCAUUUGGGCCGCGAUGUUGGCGUUCAGUGCUGUUUCAUUACUUUUAAGCUUCCUCACGGAGGAGUUGAGUCUGGAUAGGGUGUUGAAUACUGAGCAAGGAGUGAAGACAAAUUCAAAUGGUGUCUUGGAGCCGGAAUCUACUUCCACGGCUGAAGCAGAUGCGUUUGAAGAGAAAUGAAAACCGAUCGAGGGUUCACGGGAGCUGAAGACAAAGA